CACCUUAGUGGGCGGAUCCGGGAAAAGGAAUGUUUUUUGUGUUACCUGAACGUUACACUUCAACAGGUAGAGGAAUAUUCUGUCAAAAACAGACAACUGACUGAAGAGUGAUGGGCCUGUCAAAGCGCGUGUCAUCGUGGUCGGUGGAAGAAGUGUUGGAGUGGAUGCAGGGUUAUCACCCGGCCAAGAUGGACACGCUCCAAAAAGCCAUAAUUAAACACGCCAUAUCAGGCCGGGUGUUGCUGAGGCUGAAGGACCAUCACCUGGAGCUCCUCGGGGUGGAGGCUGAGGAGCAGCAGCAGGAGAUCCUGCAGGACGUUCUCCUCCUCAAAGUACAGGAAGAAGUCAACGAACUCAACGACAUCUGCUCAGAGUGUUUUUCUUCAUAGCGGGAAACAAAUAUCUUCAGGAAGACUGCGCCUUGUUUUUUUUUCUUUUUUCUAUCCAUUCAUUCAUCCAAGUGAAGGAGGGAGUGAUGGAAAUAACAAGACAAGGUGAAAGAGAAAGAAGAAUCGAUGAAGAAUGAAGAGAGAAAGAAACCCAUUUCCUGACUGAAAUCUGACCUGUGCAGACGGAUGAGAUUAGUUUUUGUCUGAGCGUCUUCAGCCUUGCUGUCCAUUAGUCUCCGUCUUCUGUCUUUCUCUAUAGUGGGUUAACAUCCUAUCAGGAAAUAUUUUUAGCUAUGUUAAACCACUUUAGUCACGACUGAAAUGUCUCAACAGCUCCUGGAAACAUUUGAAUAAUCGUUCCCGAUCCCAGAGGAUGAAUUAUAAUGCUAUUCAUUUUUUAACUCCAGUACCAUCAAGUCAGAAUUGUUAUUCGUCUAAUACUUUGGUAUAUGCACAAUAAAAAAAAAAGCCAAAUAGGCACUUAUAAAGAUGAUAAUAUUUAAUUUAAUGUAUAAAGCGUUUUUCUAAAUACACUUUAACCCUCCUGUUGUCUUCGGGUCAAAUCUGACCUAUUUACUACUUUCAUCAAUCAUAACUUUUUUGUUUUACAUUAGAUUGCAUUAAG